AUGCCGGAGUCCAAUGCAAUGAAAAAGUCGCCCAAGAGGCGCAAAACGAGUUCUAACGAUAAAGCGGAUAAAGAUGUCAUCACCGAUCCUCGUUUCGCCAAUAUCCAGUCGGAUCCUCGAUAUCGACUUCCGAGCAAGAAACAUACCCGUGUAAAAAUCGACAAGCGCUUCGCGCAUAUGUUCCAUGAUAAAGACUUUUCAAGAAAUGCAGCAGUUGAUCGUUAUGGGAGGAAAUUACGCCGGGAUGAUACGAAGAAGCAGUUGGAAAAAUUCUACAGAUUGGAUAAGGACGACGUCGAAGGACAGAUUAGUGCGGAUGAUGACGAGGAAGUUCAGAAGGAGCUGCUUCGAGUUGAAAAGGAGGACUAUGACCCUGCCAGAGAUGGAGGGUUUUCGGAAUCGUCGUCUUCAGAAGAGAGCUCGAGCGAUGAGGAGAGUGAGGCGGAGUUGCAAGACAAGGCGGCAGAGUCGGGACAACUUGAUAGCCAAACAGGGGAUAUUCCAUUGGGAGAGAUCACGGACAGGAUUGCGGUGGUGAAUUUGGAUUGGGAUAAUAUUCGUGCGGAGGAUCUGAUGGCAGUGUUCUCGAGUUUCCUCCCCACUGGCGGGAAGAUUCUGAAUGUGGCCGUUUAUCCGAGUGAAUUUGGGAAAGAGAGGAUGGAAAGAGAGGAGAUGGAAGGCCCACCGAAGGAGGUAUUCGCGAAAAGGGAUGCCGAGGUGGAUAGCGAUGUGGAAGCAGGCGACGAUGAAGAGGAGGAAGAGAAAAUCAAACAGGCCAUUUUGAAAGAAGACGAAGGGCAAGAUUUUGAUUCUACACAACUGCGGAAGUAUCAGCUGGAAAGACUUCGGUACUUUUACGCCGUCUUAACAUGCUCGUCGAAGGAUGCUGCGAAGCAUAUUUACGACACAGUCGACGGCACAGAGUAUAUGAGCAGCGCGAAUUUUUUUGACCUAAGAUUUGUGCCUGAAUCCACAGAUUUUGCCGAAGAUGUUCCAAGGGAUGAAUGCAACAGAAUACCAGACGGUUACAAGCCCAACGAAUUUGUAACAGACGCCCUACAGCACAGCAAAGUAAAGCUUACGUGGGACACAGAUGACAAAGCGAGAAAAGACGCACAAGCGAGAGCGUUUAAAGGAGGCAAAAAGGAAAUUGAUGAAAAUGAUUUGAAGGCUUAUUUGGGUAGCGACAGCUCUGAUGAGGAGGAACACGUUGAAGUAGUCGAUAGCACCGAGGCCGCUGGUGCCACCACGAAACUAAGUAAAAAGGAGGCCGAACGGGCCAGAAUCCGGGCCUUACUCGGACUGAGUAAUGAUGCGCCAAGCAAGGCAAAGGAGAAGGGGCCUGUUGGCGAUAUGGAAGUCACGUUUGCUGCUGGGUUAACGGCGGCUCCAGCUCGAGACUCUGUCUUUGAAAACGAGCCUGAAAAGGAAGAGACUACGAGAGAGAAAUACAUCAGGAAAGAAAGGGAGAGAAAACAGCGACGAAAGGCCAAGCUAAAAGCUGCUAAGUCGGGGACCGUACCUGAGAUUGACGCUGACAAGCCUACAGCGGAAUCCAAGGAGGAAGAAGAUCUCGGGUUUGACGACCCAUUCUUCACUGCCCCUGAGUUAGAUUCGGCCAAAGUGGCUGCAAAGAGGAAGGAAGAGAAACGGAAACAACGGCAGCAGCGUGAAGCUGAUGAAGCUGCUUCAGCCGCUCAACGUGCGGAGCUAGAACUUUUGAUGAUGGACGACAAAACCUCCACAAUAAAGCAUUUCGACAUGAAUGAAAUCGAGAAAGCUCAAAAACGCGCGAAGAAAGCAGGCAAGCAUAGGAAAGGAAAGAAAGACGAAGCCACGAUGCCAGUUGACGAUUUCAAGGUUGACGUUAAAGAUCCAAGGUUCCAGCGUAUUUACGAGAGCCACGAAUACGCUAUUGAUCCUACCAACCCUCGUUUCAGACAGACUGAUGGCAUGAAGGCAUUGUUGGAAGAAGGCCGGAAACGCCGACGGCAUCUGGCCCAUGAUGAGCCUGACGGAGAUGCUGUAGAGCCAAUAAAGAAGAAAAAAAGGGGCAAGACUGCGGGCCCGGACAGGAUGCCUGAAACAGAAGAUCUGAGCAAACUUGUUGAACAAGUCAAAGCAAAAGCUAAAAUGGUCUGA